UUGAUUUCCACCGGAGAAGCCCGACGAGGGCAGCAGGGAGGCCGGGCUCUUCACUGGACACACUCGCAAAGACUCACUGACGCGGAACAAUGCCUCUGCGGUUGGACAUCAAGCGGAGGCUGACGGCUCGAUCAGACCGGGUGAAGAGCGUGGACCUCCACCCAACUGAGCCGUGGAUGGUGGUCAGCCUCUACAGCGGCACCGUGGUGGUCUGGAACCAUGACACACAGACCAUGGUGAAAACCUUUGAGCUGUGUGAGCUGCCUGUCAGAGUGGCCAAGUUUGUUGCCAGGAAACACUGGAUCAUUGCUGGAGCUGAUGACAUGCAGAUCCGUGUGUUCAAUUAUAACACUCUGGAGAGAGUUCACAUGUUUGAGGCUCACGCUGACUACAUCCGCUGUAUCGCUGUCCACCCUACACAGCCCUACAUCCUCACCAGCAGUGAUGACAUGUUGAUUAAGCUGUGGGACUGGGACAGAAAGUGGGCGUGUAGUCAGGUGUUUGAGGGGCACACUCACUAUGUCAUGCAGAUUGUCAUCAACCCCAAAGACAACAACCAGUUUGCCAGUGCCUCUCUGGACAGAACUAUCAAGGUGUGGCAGCUUGGCUCCAAGACUCCUAACUUCACUUUGGAGGGUCAUGAGAAGGGAGUGAACUGUAUUGACUACUACAGUGGAGGAGACAAGCCCUACCUUAUAUCAGGGGCUGAUGAUCGCCUUGUCAAGAUCUGGGAUUAUCAGAACAAAACCUGUGUUCAGACCCUGGAGGGUCACGCCCAGAAUGUGACUUGUGUCAGCUUCCACCCCGAGCUUCCAAUCAUCCUCACAGGCUCUGAAGAUGGCACAGUUCGAGUGUGGCACUCCAACACCUACCGAUUAGAAAACACACUCAACUAUGGCAUGGAGAGGGUGUGGUGUAUAUGUGGCCAGCCUGGCUCCAACAGCGUGGCUUUGGGCUAUGAUGAAGGCAGCAUCAUCAUCAAACUGGGUCGGGAGGAGCCGGCCAUGUCGAUGGACUCCAGUGGGAAGGUCAUGUGGGCUCGACAUUCUGAAGUGCAGCAGGCCAACCUGAAGGCCAUGGGAGAGGCUGAGAUCAGGGACGGAGAGAGGCUGCCGCUUGGUGUUAAAGACAUGGGAAGCUGUGAGAUCUACCCCCAGACCAUCCAGCACAGCCCCAACGGGAGGUUUGUAGUGGUCUGUGGAGAUGGGGAGUAUAUCAUCUACACCGCCAUGGCCCUGAGGAACAAGAGCUUUGGUUCAGCUCAAGAGUUUGUCUGGGCACAUGACUCCUCACAGUAUGCUAUAAGGGAAGGCAACAGUAUGGUCAAAAUCUUUAAGAACUUUAAAGAGAAGAAGGCUUUUAAACCUGACUUUGGGGCUGAAGGUAUCUUUGGUGGCUUCUUACUGGGGGUGAGGUCAAACAGUGGCCUAGCCUUCUACGACUGGGAGAGUGCCACACUUGUCCGCCGAAUCGACAUCCAGCCCAAACACAUCCUUUGGUCUGACUCUGGAGAGCUGGUGUGUAUCGCUACAGAUGAAUCUUUCUUUGUGCUACACUAUCUGCCAGAGAAAGCGUCAGCAGCCCUGGAAUCGAACGAAGAGAUGUCUGAAGAUGGCAUAGAGGAUGCCUUUGAGGUGCUGGGAGAGGUUCAGGAGGUGGUGAGGACAGGAGUAUGGGUGGGAGACUGCUUCAUCUACACCAGCUCUGUUAACAGACUCAACUAUUAUGUUGGAGGAGAGAUCAUCACCAUUGCUCACAUGGACAGGACAAUGUACCUGCUGGGUUAUAUCCCCAAGGACGACCGUCUCUACCUUGGAGACAAAGAACUGAACAUCAUCAGCUACUCCCUGCUGCUCUCUGUGCUGGAAUACCAGACAGCUGUGAUGAGGAGGGACUUCAGUACAGCUGACAAGGUUCUACCCACAAUCCCAAAAGAACAGAGAACCAGGGUGGCCCACUUCUUGGAGAAACAGGGUUUCAGACAGCAGGCCCUGGCUGUGUCCACAGACCCAGAGCACAAGUUUGAACUCGCUCUGCAGCUGGGAGAGCUCAAGAUAGCCUACCAACUGGCCUCGGAGGCAGAGUCAGAGCAGAAAUGGAAGCAGCUGGCAGAGCUCGCGACUACAAAGUGCCAGUUUAGCCUGGCCCAGGAGUGUCUGCACCAAGCACAGGAUUAUGGGGGAUUAUUGCUGCUGGCCACUGCCUCAGGCAACACCGACAUGGUGGGCAAACUGGCCGAGGGGGCAGAGAGGGAUGGAAAGACCAAUGUGGCCUUCCUCACAUACUUCUUGCAAGGACGAUUGGACAAAUGUCUGGACCUUCUCAUCAAAACAGAUCGGUUGCCAGAGGCUGCAUUCUUGGCAAGAACAUAUCUGCCCAGCCAUGUGUCAAGGGUGGUGAAGCUGUGGAAGGAGAGUCUGUCCAAGGUCAACCAGAAGGCAGCAGAUGCUCUGGCUGACCCCACCCAGUACAGCAACCUGUUCCCUGGCCUCCAGCAAGCCCUGCUGGCUGAGCAGUACCUGAAGGAGACUCAUGUCAGGGUCAGGCCUGCCGCAGAAUACCUACUCAUCAUGCCAAAUGAGGACCGCAAUGUUCUGGAGGAAUCUGCAGGUUUUGUGUCCAGUGAGGAGGUCAGAGAACCAGAGGAGGUGAUGGAAAGCAGGAAUGAAAGCUUCACAGUGGAGGCAGCAACAGAACCGGGACAUCCUGAAGCAACAGUGAUGGAGGAGCCCAUUCCACUAAAGCAGAAGAUGUCUGAUCCUGUUUCAUCAGCAGAAGAGGAAUCAAGUCCAACAGCAGCUUCCCCUCUUCCUAUCACUGUGACAGAAGACCAUGUUGAGCUGAAACAAGCAGAAUUCGCAUCCUCUGAGGUGGUUGCAUUUGAACCAGAUGUGGUGGCAAUAAAGGAAGACACCACUACUAAAUUAGAGGAGGCCUCAGUCUCUGUAGAGGAAGAGUCCACAAUAGAGAUUAGUCCCAAAGAGCCAGAGAUGUUGCAGUCUGGACCUGUAGAAGAAAUCAUAUCUUCAGUUGAGGAGGAUGUUCAGGAAAUGUCUCCAACAGCUGAUGCUGUACCUGCUGCCUGUGAUUCUGAAACAUGUCUUGUCGAGACAGCAAUAGAAACCAUAAUUGUAACAGAAGAAGCACCAAGUGAGACAAUGGCAACAAAAGCCAUAGCAACACAGGAUAUCCUAGUUACCACUGCUCUAACAGUUGAUGCUGAUGCAAUAGCACCAGAAUCUGCAGCAGCUUGGGAGAUGCCUGUUUAUGACGAACUGGAAACCGAUGUAAUCUCUUCAGAUGCACCGCCCCCCGUAGAUACAGACACAGCAGCAGCAGAAGGAACCCCUGUUACUAAGGAAGUUGUUUUGGAAUCAGCACCAUCAGCUGUAGCAGUGGAGGAGCUCAUCUCCUUCGAAAACACCAACAGUUCAGUGCUGGAUGUGCCUGUCCAAGUCCAGGCUUCUCCAGAGUUUGUCCUUGACCCACUGCUAGACCCACUUGAAGACACAAUGCCAGUAUUAAAGCCAGACCCAGCACAAGAACCAGAACAAAAGGGACAGUCAGCAGCACUCCCAGUGAAGCCUGAGGACAACCUAGAGCCUCAUGUGCCUCUAAAGGCUGAGCCAGAGGUUUUAUCCCCAGCAGCAACUCCCACAGAGGGCAACAUAGUGGAGGAGGAGACAGGUGCUAAGGGAACUGAAGAACCAGCAGAGGACCUUGGGGUGGAAAUGAAUGAGGAGGUCCUAGAUGAUCUGGAUCUGGAUAAUUUUGACUUGGAAGAUGUCGACACCACAGAUGUCAACCUGGAUGAGGAUUUCUUAAAUGAAUAGUAGGAGAGAACCAAACUCUUCAGUUUUUUUUUUGUGACCAAACAACACAAAGAGCUGUAUUCUAGGACCAUGAUAAGCUAUCAACAGACUAAUAUGGCUUUUAAGCUUCUUUAACAAGCAUUUGCUUUUUUGGUUGCAGGCUGAAAUAGUCAUAUUUAUAUUGAGAUGUACUAUAACUAAAUUCUUAUUCUUACAGGAUUAGUGUUACUGCAGUACUUCCAGACUUUAUUUCAACUGCAGACCUUUCUGAAUGUGGUCAAUGACAAUUUGAAAGGGAAGUUAAUGGGUAUAAGGAGAAGUUAUAAUAAGAAAUAGGAGGUGUGUAUGUAAUAUAUGAAAUAUGGGAUGCUGUACAUUGCAGUCUAUGCAAACAUUUCCAGCUGAGGCUGAUGAGCGUGGCUUUGUUUACACAACACUUUUAGACAAUUUAUCUGCCAUCUAGACAGUUUGUACUAAACUACUUAACUUAGAAUACUCUUUUAAGUGUUAUCAGUUUACAGCAUAAAAUAAUGAGUCACUCUUAGUACUUCCUCUUCUCCCUCAUACCUCAUAUAAUACCACUGUUGAUCAGGGUGUUAUCAAAGCCAUUGAGGAAUUCUUGAUUCUUAUUUUUUGAAGUUCUGGACUUAAGUCAUCAAGAUCAGGUUAGGGUUUCUAUGUAAGACGAGACUGUCUGUGUCUUUUAUUUGCCAUAUUUUCUAUAAAUAGAACAUAUUCAAAAAUCCUGACCCAGCCAAUGACUAGGACAAAUCCCCCAUUUAGUUACACUCAGUGUCUGUAUUCUCGUCUUAUUUUGAC